UAUCAGUUAGAGGGAGGGUCGGAGAUCGGUAUACCCCGCUCAAUUCCGACAUGACGCACUUUACAGCCGAUUUAAUGAGUACUGUAUCUGCAUAUUUUGGUCGUCUUUAGGGAUGUAUUUCUUUUUUUAAUUCUUUUUCUUAAACGUCCGGAGAUUUGAGUGAUAAAAUUCAUUGGAGUAAAACUGUUUGAAGAUCGCUGGCCGACUACUUCUCCUGGACCGACUUAGAAGCUAAACUCAUUCGGUAAAGGAAUCGCCAAAGGUGGAGGAGACUGGUUCGUGGAGAAAUGUUAAAAUGGCAAAAAUGAAAACAGAAUGUAACUACAUGUAGUGGAAGGAAAUUACCGUGUUAUUGGCAUCAUCGGUUAUUUUGAGCCGACAAUUACAAAUUGUUCCCGGGAUUCUUGGAAUCAGUGGCAUUGGUACAGGUCGCUACGGAAACAUACUGCUGUAAUAAAUGGGAGGUUAGUGUCAAACAGCAUAUCCAGAGGAUUUCGGUAACAUGGAUGGUAAAACCAACUACAAGACAAUCGUUGUGCUGGUAUUCUGUCUGAGUUGUAUGUUCAACCUGCUGGCUUACCUGACGUACGACGCAAGUAGGGAACGAACACUGCAGGAUCACAGCAGAUUCCUACUCUCCUCCGGCGGCGGAGGAGGAGGCAAUAUACAGGCAUCGUCACUAAGUGAAAAUCGACUUACGAAUUCUUUUGCACCUCUUGCCGCUGCGCCAGAAGGAACGGUCAGAAUUAGUGUCCAACAGUUCUUAAAAGCAAGGUUAAAAUCUCCAGAGGUUUUGUCGAGAAAACUUCAAGAAGAAGAUAAUUCAAAUGUUGAUCAAGAUAAUCAGAAUGCAACUGUAGGUAACGUUACCAAUCCCCAUAAUUAUACAUACGUAAUUAACCAGCCUGACAUCUGCAGGGGAGAUAAUCCACUCGAUUUAAUCAUCGUGGUUUGUACGAGUGUGGCAGGGUUUUCCAAAAGACAAACCAUUCGGGAAACAUGGGGAUUAUUUGUAAAAGAGCAAAAAAAUGUGAAAAUUAUAUUUUUUCUUGGAGUGCAAGACGAGGAAAAUAUUCAGAAGAAAGUCCUUGAAGAAAGUGAGAUUCAUCAUGACAUCGUGCAGGAAGACUUUCGCGAUUCGUAUCGAAACUUGUCAAUUAAAUCAGUUGGUGCACUUAAGUGGAUGACAGAUUAUUGUCACAUAGCCAAAUUUGGACUGAAAAUCGAUGAUGAUAUUUUUGUGAAUAUUCCAAAUCUCAUGGAGACAUUGUCAAAAGUGACUCACCCUCGGAUUAUAAUUGGACAUCUAUUCGUUGGCGCUCGUCCAAUACAGAAUAGGAACUCUAAGUGGCAUACAGCGAAGGAGGAUUUCCCGCGGGACGUGUAUCCUCCGUAUGUGUCCGGGACCUGCUACAUCGUGUCUAUACAAGCAGCAACAGAUAUCUACCAUGUUUCUUUAUAUACCAAAUUAUUUUGGUUGGAAGACAUUUAUAUUACAGGAAUUUGUGCAGAAAAGGCAAAAAUUAAACUGGUUCACGAAGGAGAGAUAUCGUUUAUGACACGUGAAGCCAGUGGUUGUGCUUUUGAACAUGCAAUAACGGGACAUAAAGUGAGCUCAACAGACAUGUACAAAAUAUACAGGGAAUUACGAGAUCCGAAUCUCAAGUGCAACAACGAUAUAAACCGUGGAUGAUAAAAGUCCAGUUCUGUAUUAAUUAUUUGAUUCUAAACAUUUAUCUUAUUUUAAAAUUGUAUACAUAUCAGGAAAAGUCAUUGAAAUUGUUUCACCACACUUCCCUAAAACAAAAAUGCCGUGUAAAAUUAUAUGAGGAGAGUUAUCACACCUUGAAAUAGCAAUAAAUCGUCAUAUUACAAAAGGGGCGUGGUCACACAAACAAUACACGUGUCAAAUUACAGUAGGGGCGUGGUCACACAAACAAUACACCAGUCUCAUUACAGUAGGGGCGUGAUCUCACAAACAAUACACCUGUCACAUUACAGUAGUGGCGUGGUCAAACAAACAAUACAUGUCACAUUACAGUAGGGGCGUGAUAUCACAAACAAUACACGUGUCACAUUACAGUAGGGGCGUGGUCACACAAACAAUACACCAGUCACAUUACAGUAGGGGCGUGAUCUCACAAACAAAACAUCUGUCACAUUACAGUAGGGGCGUGGUCAAACAAACAAUACGUGUCACAUUACAGUAGGGGCAUAAACACACUUGGUUAUCACAAUACAGUGUCACUUGUAUCACACUUAAUUUACGUUACACUAUAUUGGUAUUACACUGCCAUUGAAUUAUGCUGUAAGUUACGUAUUAUUUGUAUAAAUAUUUUAUUUCACUAUAUUUUUAUUACAUACUGUCUUAAAGAAUUGCUCCUACUAGCAACAUCCGAACAAACACAUGUAUCAUCUCACCGCUGUCGACGUCAUACCAUUAGUCUACGACUACUAUUGAAAAAGCUAAUAGUUCCUUUUGUAUUUGGUUACCAGCAUCCUACCUGUUAUUUGUUUAAUACUAUCAUUUCCAUAUAUUAAGGACUUCUACAUACCAGUGUAAAGGGUCAACACGGCAUUACCCGAUAGCGUUAGAUAUAGCGACGUUUUUUGUUUUUUUUUACUUUAAGGCAUUUAUACAUCAUGCACACCUUUGCUUGGACAGUAUUUCUACAUAUGUAAACAAUUUGAAAUGUGUAGUGCAGAAAAGUGAAGGGUCGUGUGUGCUUUGAUUUGUUAAAGCUAGCAUUCCAUGUUCGGACAUGUUGCAGUGUCUUGGUGAUACAUGUAUGGCAUAAUACAACUAUCUUUGACGUGUAAGUGCUGUUUGUAUAUAAUUUAUGUAAAUGAAAUUACAAUUAAUGACAUUCUAAACAAAUCAAGAUUUCAAAAUAAAAUCCUGUAAUCAAAAUUAAGGUCAAGGUCACAUGUUUUUCGGCGCUUUCCGUAAUCGAUAAAAAAUAUUCUCGUUUACGGAAAUUUCCGACGUUUUCCGACUUACUCACUUCAAGACGCCUGUGCUGUGUUGGAGAUAGCUGCGGAAACCUUAGCUUCUAGGCCCGAUCUUUUUUUUUUAAACAAAUUAAAAAAAGGAUCGGGCCUAGAAACUACGGUUCCCGCAGCUAUGUUGGAGAGGACAAUGGUUUAGAUGAUCGAGACUACUGACUAAAUGGCAUUGGUAACUUUAGGUUUCACUGAGGGACACCAGUGUGUUUUCAGUGGAGCCAGUCGUGAGUUUUUGAUUUUUGUCAAAAGUUACGUCAUCAGUUAAUAAGCUCCACACAAAAUGUAUUAUGGAAAAUUAUAAAUAUUUGUAGCCGAUAAUGUAAAGUAACCAUAUAGUUAAUGUAUCAUUUAUAUUUGUGGCAUGCAAAUGCUAUUGUUCGGUCCCUUCGUAAAAUCUAUUUUUAAUUGUUACAUUAAACCAUACCGAAUCCUGCACACAAACUGCUUUUCCACGCAUCAGGCGCCAUUGGUGAUAUUCUGAUGACUGAUCUGAGAUGUCAAUACUUGUUAAAAAUGUAUGACUUUGGUGUCAGUAUAUCUGUUAAACUGUUAAGUCGAUGAUGUAUCACUGAACGUUGUCGAAUUCGGGAACAUGUUUCCGAAUUCGACAAGGUUGCCGAAUUCUGAGUUUUGCAGAACUGGUAUGCCUGAUUGAAUGAAUGAAAAUAUUCAGACCAAUGAACAAAUAUCUUACCUUUGUUUUAAGCUCAUCUAUGUGAAACCAUUUCCAUACUGAAGUAUAUACUCCGCCCGGCUUUAUCAACACUUUUACUGGCGACAAACCUUUGCUCAAAUUGUAAAGUAUGAUAAGAUGUGGAUCACCAGAACAGAGACGUAUAUAUUAGGAAUUAUCCAUUUUAUCAGUUAAAAUAUUGUCGAAUCGAAACGGUACUGACGGCAAAUAAGUGGUUGUUUUUGGUAACCAUUUCAACAUACCGUAUAACAAUUACAUAACAAAACAAUUGAUAUCAUUUUUGCUUGGAAAUCUUACCAAACAAUAGCAUCAAACGGCAAAAUUGUGUUGAGCUAUCCUUUCAAAAUGGCGCUCUGUCUUGGUGUCAAGCGUGACGUCAAAUAUUACGCUACUAUGUAGCUAUUUCCUGCGAUUUUUGAUGCAGCAAUAUUUUCUGCGUAUUACUUUUUAAAAACCGCAAUAACGAGAGACCAUUUAAUACAAUGUAAUACAAAUAUUUUCAAAUUUAUUAAUUCCCUCUAAAUAUCUCUAAAUGAAUAAGAUAUGUCUUUAGAUAUAAUGAGAUAUACAUGUAUCAUAUUUAGAUUAAAUAGGAAUCUCGGUUGUUUAUAAGUUAGCUCAUCAAUUAAUAUUUUUAGCAUCUGUGUGGAUCAUGUGUGUCAACAAUGUAUAUACUCGUGUAAAUGUUAUUUCAUGCAAAAAUGUUCUUUUUAUGUUUCCUUUGCUGUUUAUGAAAUGAUAAAUUUAUCUGUGAUAAUUGGAGAUUAA